AUCUGAGGCAAAACGAAGACCACGACCACGGCACGGCUGCCGCUGGUGAGAAACUUUCUUCGCAAGAUGCACGUAGAACUGCAAGAAAUGGGCAACAUCACCAAGGCCAUAGUCCGUCUAGUGAAUCUGUUCGGCAACACAACCAGGAAGUCCACCCCAGAACAAGAAGUCCCCCGCCGCGACCGCCCGUCGAGCGUUGCGUCUACUUGGACCAGCUGUGUCCGACCGACGGACCGCUCACGGAGACGUGCGUCAGAAACUUGUAUCCCACAGAAAAAGACAGGCAGGUCAGAUUUGUAAUGCAAAAAAAGAAAGAUACACAGAAGAACUUGUCUUGGGCGGCCCCAUAGCAUGCUGUUUAGGUAGGAUGUACAAUACAGAUUUUUUGGUGUAUUUAUUUUUGCAUUACAAAUCUGACCUGCCUGCUUUUUUCUGUGUGAUAACUUGGCCCAGUUGCUCACGGACACAGAGAACCCGGAAAUAUCGAAAGUGACGAUGCGGACGUUGACACAGCACAGUGGAGACGACGAUGAAAAGAAAGACAAGCACGAAGAAGUAGAUCCAGAUCCUUCCUUCGUAAUAGCGCAGAUGAAAAUCUCCAUUGCCGACCCUGUCGUCGAGUCCAUCGUCCAGCUUGCAUCGGAGGCCUCGAAGCAGGCUUUAGCGGAUGCGCUGCGCAGC